GCCGUGCGUCUUACCCGAUCUUCUUCAUCUUUGAUGCGCGAUUGAACUUGGAUCCAUGUCGGAUCAGAACCCUACCGGAACAAUGAUUCCCCACCAGAACCAGGGGGGAAUUCGACCACGGAAGCUCUUUUGGAGAAUCUGACUGCCAAAUUAACUCAGAUUCUCACUCAGAACCAAACGAACCCUCCUCUUCCAUCACCAACACCGCAGAAUGAUUCGGUUUCUUCUCAGAUUGCGAUUAAAUUAGAUGGAGCCAACUAUGGAUUGUGAUCUCAGGUUGUCGAGAUGUACAUCACCGGCAAAGACAAACUGGGAUAUAUCAACGGAGACUUUCCUCAGCCACUGCCUACAGAUCCUGGCUUUCGGAAGUGGAAAACAGAAGACUCGACUGUGAAAGAAUGGCUUAUCAACUCCAUGGCUCCGGCGUUGAUUGGCAAUUUCAUUCGCUUCCCAACAGCGAAAUCUGUCUGGGAUGCAGUUGCAACGACUUUCUUUGACGGAACGGAUGCCUCUCAGGUUUAUGACUUGAAGAGGCGUGUUGCUCGGAUGCGACAAGGAGGAGGAUCAAUUGAGGCGUACUACAACAACCUGCAGGGUUUGUGGAGAGAAAUUGAUUUUCGCCGCCCGAAUCCGAUGGUUUGCCUUGUUGAUAUCGAGCGAUAUAAUUCAGCUAUUCAGGAAGAUCGGGUCUAUAUCUUCCUUGACAGGUUGGAUGACCGCUUGGAUAAAGUUCGAGCGGACGUGCUUCAAAUGCAGCCUUUUCCCACAGUUGAGCAGGCCUAUGCUCGUGUCCGAUGGGAAGACGUACGGCAGAGUGUGAUGCUAGCACACGGAGAUACCACACACCUGUCUGCAGCUAUGGUGUCUCAAGGAGGCAAGAUGGGACUGCAGAUCUUCGACCGAACUCGAGACAUACCAGCAUUACAAAUGACAAAGUCGGGUGGUUUGACAAGAGGAGGUUGA